AUGAUCACUCGACCAUGGCACCGUCGUCGUUCGGACGGUACGAGGAAUCGCUGUCGCCACUCGUAUCCGCCGCCAAGUACACGCUCCUUGGUCUCAUCUGCAUCCCAAGCCUUUGCCAUUCGUCUGUUCUUGGUCGCACGAUACAACGGCGUAAUCCACGAAAUCAACCCAUACUUCAACUUCCGAGCCAACAAAGUCCUCGACUGGUUUGACGAUCGAUCGUGGUACCCGCUGGGUCGCGCCGUGUGUGGCACCAUCUACCCCUGGCUCAUGUCGACGGUGUCCCUGUUGCACUGGACGCUCAACGUCGUGUUUCGCCUUCCCACCAUCCUCCGGAACACAUGCGUGCUUAUCGCGCCAAUCUUCGGCGUGGGGACCAUCGUGGCCACGUACCUCUUGACCAAGGACGUGACUUGCCGCGCUUCCAUGGCACUCGUCGCCGCCGCGAUGGUGGCCGUCGUGCCCGCCGACACGUCUCGGUCCGUGGGCGGCUCGUAA